AUGGAAAAGGCAUAUAAUGGCUCUUCUCCACCGGCUUUCUCUGUUGAUGUGAACGAAAAGGGAACCAGCAGCACAUCUCUCACCCAGCCACUGUCAGACGGUACCGCCGACGCGGCAGCUCGUCUCUCUAAACAUGUCAGCAGGGAUGAAACGGGUUGCAGUGACAGCAGAGAGUCGGGUGAAGCAGGAGAGGAUAUUGGCCGUUCCACAGUUUUAGUUACUGACAGCCCAUCCGGUGGCACUGUAAGCAAUUGUGUUAUUCCUGAGCCAGGUAGCGACUCUGCUACAAACGGGUUUACUGGGUCAACAAUGGUAGGCUCCAAGGCAGGGAACUGCUCUGCUAUCACUGCAGUGAAUCGAGAGGAAAUGGACAGGAAUGCUCUCCAGGGGAUCUCACUGGCUGAGAAGAACAAGGAUUCCUCUGCAGAAGAACUAGAUGCCUGUCAUCCACCAUUGAACUUUGUGACAGCAGCUGAGACUGUGGAGUCAUUGACACACUCCUGCAAUGGACAGCUUGAACUGAGCUGCACAGCUGCCUCCCGGACUGGUCCACAGGGGCUCUCGAAUUGGGACACAGACAGUGUUAUACAGAGCACCCUCAGCAGUGAUGCUGUUAGUAGGCCACAGAUUAACUGGAGUACGACCCCUGACAAGGAGGCCAAAAUGGCAAACGGUGGAUUAUUUAUAGGACCCAGCAGCGCCAAGUUACACACAGAGACAGUUGUAACAAUUAUUUUGGAUGGUGCUGCAACCGGUCUCUCUAACACAAAGUGUGAAAACCCCUCCUCAAUUGCAGUGAGUGCAAGGGAAGGCCAUGACGAAUCCUGCAAUAUCAGAGAGGAACCUGACGAAGCCGGGGCCCAGCCUAGGACACAAGCUAACGUGGCAGGAGAUCUGUCUGAUGGUGCUACUUCAAAUCUCACCUCUCAGGGUUUACCAUCAAGCCCAGCACCAACGAAAGACCCCUGUGGGGUCAGUGUUAAACCAGACACCUGUCAGGGAGAGGAACCGUCAGCAUCUGGUCACCUAGGAGAUGAUCCAUCCUCCAGACCCCAUCCUCAGGCCCUCAGGACCAGGACUGUACCCAACAGUCUGAGCUAUGACUCCUCCACCUUUCUCAGCCCAGGGGAUGAGGACGGGGAGACAUUCGUGGAGCUGGGGGCCCAGGGCCACAGUGACCUCAGGUUCAUGGACGUCAGUCUGAGCUCCAGGAACACCUUUGAGUCCAGCAGACGUCAGUCCGCCCCAGGAGAUAUACCAGAGGGCCUGAGUGUAGUCUCGGUAGACCCCUCUGAACUGGCUUUACAGUCCAAAAGACCCGGCAUUGCUGAGUAUUUUGGCAGGUAAAUGAGUUGUUGUAUUUGUUGGCUGAGAUUAUUUGCAUGGUGACAAGUGCAUGUUUUGCAAGGACAAGAGAGGUACAAACUUUGUCACAGUCUGCUUACUUCUCUUCACAUCAAUGUUUGCCUUUAUGCUCUGUAUAGCCAUAUUAAUGCUGUAAUUUAAACCCUUUACAACAGCAGUCACUGCCAUUAAUCUUGCUCUCCUAGCAAAACUGUGUCUUGGUCCUGUAACAGCACACCAGGACAUAAUGAACAAAGCCAGAACUAGAACUAUGCCUCUGCCUCAUUCAACAUUUAGAGCAGGCAGAGACCUGGUGGAAAUGGAGCCAGCUGCAGUGAAUGCUGUAGUAAUGGUGUUCCCACACACAGACAUCCUCUAGGUUGUUACACUUUACAUUAGGUAUCAAUUAAUUAGAAACGGUUAAUUAUUAAUUAUAGAUAAUUUAUAAAUCUGUAAUAAAUACUUAGAACAUGAUUGGUAUCUAUAAUAUAGUAAUUAACAGUUUAUGAACUACUAAUAACUCCUUUAUAAACCCUUUUGAGCAUACCUUCAUGUAAAGUGUUAACCCCUAGGUUUAUGAUCCCACAUAGGCUCAGGUGAAAUUGAUCUAAUUGAUGAAAUAAGAGUGGCAGCAUAUCACUCACUCAGUGUCAACUGAACUGACCAUAUCAGUAUGACAUAUGUCCGAUCUAGGAAAUGAUUCAGAGAGACAUUAAUAUCCCUGAUUUCUCAGUACGUCGACUCAUCAAAACCGUUUAGCUGACAGGGAUUAAAAUAAGCGUGUCAUCAUUCAUAAUUGCCCACUCAUUGUCCUGGCUUUUCUGUCUGGUCAGGAGUUUAUUUUCCAAGAAGCAGAGAGAGCCGAAAGGUCCGUCUCAGAAUGUCCCUGGUUGGAAGCUGUUUGGAAAAGUCCCCGCUAGAGAGAGCGCUCCCAAGGACUCCAGGACCAUACAGCAGGUUGGUGUCCCAGGCCCUUAUUCUUAAAGCAUGUCAGAUUAGGAGUGUUGAUCUAGGAUCAGUUUUGUCUUUUAGAUCAUAAUGAAUAGGAUUUCAUGGACAUGGAGGCCAUGGGCCCGUAUACAUAAAGCAUCUCAGAGUUACAGUGCUGAUCUAGGAUCAGGUCAUCCAUGUCCAUAUAAUCUUAUUCAUUAUUAUUUGAAAGACAAAACUGAUCCUAGAUCCACACUCCUAUUCCGAGAAGCUUUUUGAAUGCAGGCCCUGAUGUCACUGUGCUACUACAUCUACAGUAGUUAUUCACAGACCUAUUAACUUCCUAUUAACUGACCUUCUAACUGCCUGUACAGUAUUGUGUAUGGGAGAGAAAGCUAUCUGACCCUGCCUGGAGUGAAUCCAGCAAGUGCGUCAUCUAGGAAUGUACUAGUAAAGUCGAGGUGGAUGCCAUGAGCUCAAUAUUUAGCCUAGAUCUUUUUUUCCACGCGCUAGUCAGGACUUAAUCCCUAUUUAUCUGGGUUAUGUCAGCCGUACGUACCUAACCUCAAUUUGUUAACAUAGUAACAAGUAAAGGACUACAACUGUUUGAUCUCCAAUCAAGUCAUUUACACCCCUUCUGUUCAACUCCUUCACCUAUGAUACAUUUCAUUGCAGCCCUUUGUUUUGUAUCACAUGAUUCACUAGUUGUCACUUGAAACAGACACAGUAAAAUUGCAGCCUUGUGCAAUAUGCAAUGACACAGCAUAACAAUCAAUCCCUACGCCCUAUUCUCACAAGAACUCACCUAUACCUGUCUGACCAGGUAGCAAACUGAUAGCAUCUCACACUCACAGAUAUCAUUCCUUCUGAGAAUCCUAUAAUAGAGUGCCUGGUAAUAAUGGCAUCAGAGCUUAAAUAUAGUAGUGUGAUAAAGGCUUUAGUCAGCCUGUACUUGGCCUACUCCUUCCCAACACCGACAAGAGAGAGUAGGGCAUGGUAGGGUUCAGGUCAUCCAGGUUGGAGGCUGGCAGGCCCGUCUGCCACUGCAGUUAUUGAGGGUGUAUACUCCAGUUGGCUCUGGGGCUGGCUAGCUGCCUGGGUAAGGAGUAGGUCUUACACAAGGUGUAUGCCUCUUGCCUACUUCCUGGAACGUUGAGCCUCGGCUGAGCUUGAAUUAUGCCAAUCUCCUAGCCUCAGCCGUCUCAUGCCCUCAGCCGCUGGCUCUGUCCUUCCUCUCCCUCUCUCUCCCUCUUCUCCUCACUCCCUGUCUCCCUCUCUACUUCCCCUACUCUGCCAAGCAGGUACAACUCCGUCUCCACACUCGUUGGAGGCACUAAUGCAUGUUUUCAUGCCGGGAUGGAAACAGACACCAAAGCCAAUUAAAUGUUUCCCUUCACUGGAUUAGUAAUGCACUCAACUCUAGUACAGACAGCUGCAGACGGAGAUGAGAGCGUUUAUAAGCCUCACUACUCUGCUACUGAGAUUAUGACUAGAAGAAAGUGAGCUCAUCUAGAGUGAGCUACAGAGGUUAGAGCAGGGAUCUAGGUGUCAGAGGUUCCAUCCGUAAUGUAUUCCAGUAUAGAAGCUCAGAUGAUGGGUUGAUCUUUCAUGCAGUUUUCCUACAUGCAGGGGUAGGGAUUAAAUUGCAUCUCCAACAGAGGCCCUUUCAAUAAAGUUGACUAUCUUCCUUACCUUGGCCAAAGGGUAAAGAUGCUUAUGUGGAUUGGAUGUGUAUUGAAGGGUCACACUGUAUUUGGAUAGUCCGAAUAGUCCAUCUGUAGAUGCUGUACAGAUGGUCAUACUAUCAACAAACGUAUCUGUUGAAAAGCAACCUCUUGCUAAGGUUACGUUAGGGUUAGGUUUAGAAUAAGGUUUAGGGAUAGAGUUAAUAGAUAGUUAGAUGAAAUGUUACUGAUUAGUCUGUAGAGCAUCUACAGAUGGACUAUCCAAAUAAAGUGGUUACCUUGAAUUACUUGACAUGUUAUUUUUUGUUUGAUAGACACUUUGGACUUUGGAGGGGUUGAACUGAGUGUAAACUUUGUUCUUCUUUCAUCAGGAGAGUAUUCCAGAUGGUCUCACGUCUGUGUCCACACCAAAUCUCUUAAGCGCAGGGGUAUGGACUUUCUCGAGUUUCCUUUUCAGUCAUCUUCUCAAUCUCCUAUCUGCAUGGGGCUGCCAAGCAACCAUUUCCAUUGACCAUCCAACUCAUGUCCAUUCCCACCCUAGCACUGACAGGGGAGAGGGAAAUGUAUGCUAGGAAAAAAAAACAUAAUUAAACACAGUAUCAAGUAAUCUUCAACAAUCCCAAGGUCUCUGAGACGCUUGCCAUAGCUCCAGCAGCUCAUAGACUCUGUGGAUCAAAAUGUUGUAAUCCAGAGUGUUGUAAUCCAGUUUUCCUUACAUACAUCUAGUGUAAUAGAUCUAUUAGAUUUGCCUGUAUUCCUUAUUAUAGACAGCAAACGUUCAGGCAGCUACACAGACACUAUGGAAACUAGUCUAGAGCUCCCAGUUAAAUUGUGCUUGAGAGCAUUUUUUAACUCUCUAAAUGGUUAAAUUAGUGAGAAAUAGAUGUCCAUUGUUGCAAUAGUUUGAGUGGGCAACAUAUACAGUGGGGGAAAAAAGUAUUUAGUCAGCCACCAAUUGUGCAAAUUCUCCCACUUAAAAAGAUGAGAGAGGCCUGUAAUUUUCAUCAUAGGUACACGUCAACUAUGACAGACAAAUUGAGAAUUUUUUUUCCAGAAAAUCACAUUGUAGGAUUUUUAAUGAAUUUAUUUGCAAAAUAUGGUGGAAAAUAAGUAUUUGGUCACCUACAAACAAGCAAGAUUUCUGGCUCUCACAGACCUGUAACUUCUUCUGUCCUCUACUCGUUACCUGUAUUAAUGGCACCUGUUUGAACUUGUUAUCAGUAUAAAAUACACCUGUCCAGAACCUCAAACAGUCACACUCCAAACUCCACUAUGGCCAAGACCAAAGAGCUGUCAAAGGACACCAGAAACAAAAUUGUAGACCUGCACCAGGCUGGGAAGACUGAAUCUGCAAUAGGUAAGCAGCUUGGUUUGAAGAAAUCAACUUUGGGAGCAAUUAUUAGGAAAUGGAAGAUGGCUCCACGCAAGAUCUCACCCCGUGGGGUCAAAAUGAUCACAAGAACGGUGAGCAAAAAUCCCAGAACCACACGGGGGGACCUAGUGAAUGACCUGCAGAGAGCUGGGACCAAAGUAACAAAGCCUACCAUCAGUAACACACUACGCCGCCAGGGACUCAAAUCCUGCAGUGCCAGACGUGUCCCCCUGCUUAAGCCAGUACAUGUCCAGGCCCGUCUGAAGUUUGCUAGAGUGCAUUUGGAUGAUCCAGAAGAGGAUUGGGAGAAUGUCAUAUGGUCAGAUGAAACCAAAAUAGAACUUUUUGGUAAAAACUCAACUCGUCGUGUUUGGAGGACAAAGAAUGCUGAGUUGCAUCCAAAGAACACCAUACCUACUGUGAAGCAUGGGGGUGGAAACAUCAUGCUUUGGGGCUGUUUUUCUGCAAAGGGACCAGGACGACUGAUCCGUGUAAAGGAAAGAAUGAAUGGGGCCAUGUAUCGUGAGAUUUUGAGUGAAAACCUCCUUCCAUCAGCAAGGGCAUUGAAGAUGAAACGUGGCUGGGUCUUUCAGCAUGACAAUGAUCCCAAACACACCUCCCGGGCAACGAAGGAGUGGCUUCGUAAGAAGCAUUUCAAGGUCCUGGAGUGGCCUAGCCAGUCUCCAGAUCUCAUCCCCAUAGAAAAUCUUUGGAGGGAGUUGAAAGUCUGUGUUGCCCAGCGACAGCCCCAAAACAUCACUGCUCUAGAGGAGAUCUGCAUGGAGGAAUGGGCCAAAAUACCAGCAACAGUGUGUGAAAACCUUGUGAAGACUUACAGAAAACGUUUGACCUGUGUCAUUGCCAACAAAGGGUAUAUAACAAAGUAUUGAGAAACUUUUGUUAUUGACCAAAUACUUAUUUUCCACCAUAAUUUGCAAAUAAAUUCAUUAAAAAUCCUACAAUGUGAUUUUCUGGAUUUUUUUUUUUCUAAUUUUGUCUGUCAUAGUUGACGUGUACCUAUGAUGAAAAUUACAGGCCUCUCUCAUCUUUUUAAGUGGGAGAACUUGCACAAUUGGUGGCUGACUAAAUACUUUUUUUCCCCACUGUACUAUCGUCUGAAGUUGACAUGUUGAAUUGUUUUGCCGUAUUCAAUUAUUUAAUAAUACGCUAAUUUCCCUAAUGUGGACAGUUUGUGUUACUACCUUAAAUAAACUCGCAUUUUCACCUCAUGCAAUGAAGUGAAAUUACAUAUAAUUUUAACCUCAGAUAGGUGAUCUUAAUAUAAACAUUUAUAGGAAUCAAGAUGGCACUAAAUCGAUUGAUUUAAAUAGAUUAAUAUCUUUGGUUUGGUACCAUUGAUUUUAUCAUACGCGCCUUUCCGUUGCAGGUCUUAGAACGCAGUUGUCAUUUUCAAACUCAAAUGGCAAGGGAAAAUCGGGGCGCUCUCUUUAUAAAAGCCGCUGGACACAAACAAAUACACAUAUUUGAUAGUCAAGCUAUCAAUCAAAUGAGAGCCAACCCCUGUCACUGUGUAGAACUACCUGUGGAGAAAUUAUUUGUUGAAAUGAUCCAGGUUCCUUUUUCGUAUUGCCAUCUACCGUAAACUUUGUGCCACAAGGAGAUUAGUUGAUAAAUGGCUACUACAGGUUCUCAUCUAUUGACUGGUAUAUGUAGUAUACACAAGUUCGUUGUUGUCUUUCAGAAGAGCGCAAAUGGCACAUGUAGCGGCAGCGAAUUGUCCCAGUACCAUUGAUUUCCAUACAAUAUCGAUGUGAGUGAUUAAUCUGUGCACGCUAUUGAUUACAGUAGAACAAGCUAAUCAAUUUCAGCCUGGAGUGACUGCUUGGUAAAUGUUGAUGUGUGAGCAGUUUUUAAGGAACUAAUUUAGCAAAAUACAAGUAAUCUGAACACAAGCGUGACACGGGUGUAGGGAGUCAUUUUUAUGUCUUGGUCUUCAACAUGCAGUAUCACAACUUAUUUCAGCAUAUUGAUUAUGAAUUUGGACAUUUAAAACCAGUGUUUUGACACUAGGCUAUAAAUUAAAAAUACAUGACAGGAAGCAGCAACAGUAUCAUUUUCAACUUAUGUCUUAAGAAUAUAGAAGUUACUUUUAACAUGAUUUUUCAACAAGAUUCUACCUAUUUAGGUAAAUACUACUGCAUGAGUCCAAAAACGUGCUUGAUUUUGAUGAUAUUAGUGAAAUCCUGUACACCCUGAGGAUGCUCUCUCUCUCUCUCUCUCUCUCUCUCUCGAGGGAGGGAGGAGGAGUAGCUCUCGCAGGACGAGAUCGCUAUCUCCGAGGAGAGCGCUCGAGAGAUCGAGCGAGCUGAGAGCGGCGAGCGAGAGCGGAUGCAGAGAGAGAGCGCGUUAGAGCCGCGACUCUCGCUCUCUCGCUCUCGCUCUCUCUCGGCUCUCUCCAGAUCUCUCCUCCAAGCAUCAAAACAAUCACACACGUCAGCACUCUCUCUCUCUCUCUGCCGCGAGAUCUCCUCUCUCACAGUCAUCAACAACCAUCACACACUGUCUCAGUCCCACCAUUUUCUCCUCUCUCUCUCUCUCUCUCUCUCUCUCUCUCUCUCUCUCUCUCUCUCUCUCUCCACAGUCAUCAACAACCAUCACACACUCCUCAGUCCCACCAUUUUCUCUCUCUCUCUCUCUCUCUCUCUCUCCACAGUCAUCAACAACCAUCACACACCCCUCAGUCCCUCCAUUUUCUCUCUCUCUCUCUCCCCCCUGCCCCAUAGGCUGCUGCCUGCAUGGGCCCCGUGAUCUCCACAAGCCUGUCAGCUGAUCCUGUCACCCCUCGCGGCUAAAGCCACUAUCUUUCCUCCCUUUCAAAUUUAAACCCAAGAGGCUAGUUUACCUGUAUUUGGGCUGUGUUUUCUAGGACCUAUGGGGAUUCAGGUUUUAUAUGUAUCUGCAGGAGUUUGAGGCCAGGGUGGGCAAGGCUGGGCCUGGGGGAACGCCAGCUGGGCUGUCCCCUACUCAGCCUCAACAGAGCCGGAGGAAGAACCUGGAGUUUGAGCCACUGUCCACCACAGCUCUUAUACUGGAGGACAGGCCUGCGUAAGUCCACAAUCUCUCUCUCUGCUUUAUUUCUGUCCCGUCUUUCCAUUUCUUUGUCUGUUCCUCUAUUCCUCUGUUGUUGUUUAUUAUGCCCUCCAGUCCUUGUAGAUCACAGUGUGAUCUGGGUCUAUAUUACACACAAUACAUUAUUUUCAACUAGGCUCAGGCCAGGCUGUGGUGUCUAUUAAAAACACAGUGAGAAACACAGCGUCCAAAGACAAGUGGUGUUGUGUUUCUCUGUCUGUGGGUCUCCUUGGUCAACUCAGUUGCUCUCUCUGUUCCAAGACCUCAGGCCCUCAUUAAGAAUAGAUGUAUGAAAUCUGAGUGUGUUGUCUGAACCAUGGCAAAGUCAGUCUCUCUUUGUAGGUGUUUCUCUCUCUUUAAUCCUCAAUGUGUUGAACUUGACUAAAAGUAACCAUUUUGUGUCCUCAUUUGCUGUGAUAUGCACUGAUUACGGUGAAACUGACACUGAUAGACACUGGCACUGUGUCUCCUCUCCUCUGCUUUCUCUGCAGGAACCUUCCUGCCAAGUCUGUGGAGGAGGCCCAGCGUCACCGCCAGGAGUAUGAUGAGAUGGUGGCCGAGGCCAAGAAGAGAGGUACUGUUAAUGUAUUCCUCUCUCACCCCUUCACUUUCACUGUCUUUUCAGGGCUGUGUAAUGGAGGUCAGCAGCAUUUAACCUGUCCACUGUAUAGACCUCCAGAUGUUACUUAGCUCAUUCUGUCAGUUGUAGCUGUUGCUAAAGCCAGACCUUGUACAUACUUUUGCCACUUUACAUCAUGAUAAAAAUUGUAAAGCAGAAGGAAAAUAAAUUAGAGAUUUUUAAAGCAUUUAUAAGCAUCUGUUAACAUUUAUAAGCAUUUAUAAUGGCUUAUUCAUUAAAAGUUAUUAUAAAGUGUAACCAAAGGAUGUGUGCCCUCCUCCCCACAGAAUUGAAGGAGGCCCAGAGGAAAAGGAAAGAGAUGAAGGAGAGGUUUAAGCAGGAGGAAAGCAUCGCCAACGCCAUGGUGGUCUGGAACAACGACAUCCUGCCCAACUGGGAAAACACGUGAGUUAGCUAGUUAGUCACUUCCUGCUAAACAACUCUCAACUGGCAUGGAGCAGCCAUGUACCGUAUCCAGUCAGUACAGUACAGUGGAAGUCGGUGCCGUUUAAGGUGAGGGAGGAUGCUAAUUUUUUUUAGGAGCAUGGUUUAUUUCUAUUCCAGCAUAUUGGAUGACUGUCAUUCAAAUUCCAUUCACCCUGCUCAAUGUAACAUCGAUAGGUUUAGGCUACUACAUGAUACUCUAAUUUCCCCUUUACCCAUCAUGAGGUUGCUACAACCUAGCCUAUGAAUGAAAGUUUACAACGUAGGUGCACAGAUAAAGAUAAUUUUGAGUAAUCAAGAUGACAGACAGUGACACAUUCAAUACCGCCUUGCACACUCUUGCUUGCAAUGUUUAUCCCCGUUUUAUUCAGUUUGCUUCCAUUUAAGAAACGUUUUUCAACAGAAUCGGCAGAAUGAAUACACCCCUGAUCACACGCAAACACAGUUCACUUUCAUAGAAGCCACAUAGAAAACAGCAUGAUCACUUUGCUCGUUUUAUAUAUAAUUCCUUCUCGCAACUAUCUACGCGCUCUCCUCCUCUGGCCUUUUCCCUUCGCUUGUGGACUUCAGUGCACAACACAUCAGCUGUCUGUGACCAGUCAAAAAAACCUUUCCAAGCCAAACCUUCAAAUCAUGACCAUUGAACGCUAACCGCAGCCUACAUCGUUGCACGUCAUAGUCAACAUACUAGAACUAACGCGUUAGUAAACCCGCUACAAUCACGCAGUACAGUGUACAGUCAGAAAGCAGUUUCUCAGUUACACCGGUGGGCCCCAGUGGCAAUAAAUUAAUAAAACCAAAAGCUUACCUUGACUUGGAAGAGUUCCAGUGUUGGAUAGCCAUAGCCAGCUAGCUAACGUAGCAUCCCUCUCUGUUUGAGCCGGGUGUUUGAGUAGGCUAAACUAGCUAGCUAGCUGCAUUCACUAGAAAAGUGAAAGUAAAAACAUCCUACCAAAUAUCUCAUCUCUCUCUCUCUCUCUUGCUUCUCCUUAAUUUUGGAAGAUAUUAAUUUGUUAAAAACAGUUUAACUAUUGUCUUUCUCUCUUUGAGUCAACUACUAACCACAUUUUAUGCACUGCAGUGCUAGCUAGCUGUAGCUUAUGCUUUCAGUACUAGAUUCAUUAUCUGAUCCUUUGAUUGGGUGGACAACAUGUCAGUUCAUGCUGCAAGAGCUCGGAUAGGUUGGAGGACAUCCUCCGGAAGUUGUCAUAAUUACUGUGUAAGGCUUUGGUAGGGGGUGAGAACCAAGAGCCUCCUAGGUUUUGUAUUGAAGUCAAUGUACCCAGAGGAGGACAGAAGCUAGCUGUCCUCAGGCUACACCAUGGCGCUACCCUACAGAGUGCUGCUGAUGUUACUGUAGACCUUCAUUGCAAAACAGUGUGUUUUAAUCAAUUAUUUGGUGACAUGUGAAUAUAUUUAGUAUAGUUUUAUCUAAAAAGGAUAACUUUUAUAAUGUUUCACUAUUUUUAUUUUUAUGAAAUUCACUGAGGAGGAUGGUCCUCCCCUUCCUCCUCUAAGGAGCCUCCACUGGUACAGUAUUCAGUCUGUGACUCAGCCAGUCAGUUAUUCAGCCAGUCAGCCAUUCAAUUAGCCAGCCAAUCAGCCAGUGAACCAGUCGGCUUAAUCAGCCAGUCAGUUAGUCAGUAAACCAGACGGUCAGUAAACCAGUCAGUCAGGCAGUCAGUCAGGGCUCCCAUGUGCAGUAGACCCAUGCCAGUCUGUUUGUGUCCCCCUGUAGGCGUAACACUCGACGGGUGAGAGAGCUCUGGUGGCAGGGCUUGCCCCCCAAUGUCAGAGGAAAGGUCUGGAGCCUGGCCAUCGGCAACGAGCUCAACAUCACCCCAGGUAUGUAUGGUGUUUCAAUAGUCAUAACUCAUAGAACUCCCAUCAUAAUUCAGUAUUCCCAUUGGCAAAAUAUGAUCAGAUUUGCCUUCAGAAAAAGCAAUACAAAGUGAAGGAAGUUAUGUGUCAAUACACAUAACAAAGUACAUUGAAAUGUAUUAAAAUAGCCAAGGUUAUACAUCUAAAAAUGUAGUGCCAAGGUAUUGUUUGUUUUCUAACAAAACAAGCACUUUCACCACAUUCAGCCUGUUGUGUAUUUAGUGAUAGGAAUGUCUGGAUGCCCUACUUGUUUUACUGCCAGGAAGUGCCUUUGUGGUUUACAGAAAAAUGCAUAAUAGACGUCUCAGUUGGAGAACCCACCACCUGACUCAUUGAGAGAGUGAUCUUCUUUCCUUUCCUCCCUUUUCUACAGAGCUGUAUGAAAUCUUCCUCUCCAGAGCCAAGGAGAGAUGGAGGAGUUUCAGUGAGACGGGUUCAGAGACAGAGGCAGAUGGUUGGUCUGAGGCGGGGGGGGGGGGGGGGGGGGGGGGGGGGGGGGGGGGGGGGGGGGGGGGGGGGGGGGGGGGGGGGGGGGGGGAGACUGUGAAUCUCAGCCUCAGACACACACACAUCCAUUCUCCUCUCUCUCUCUUUGAGACAAAGCUAUUUCCUCUCGUUGCUUCACAUCUGAGGUCCUUGACACAUUAUGGCACAAAAACCUAGCAGUGCUGCCGGCAUAUUGGCGUCACAUUACUGCACAAAUCCCCCUCACUCAGCAGCAAUUUGCAGGCUUGUUGCAAAGGCUUUCUGUUGUUUUUCCUCCAUUGAUCUGUAAAGCGUCUGUUUCUACCAUUAUGUCAGACUAUCUGCCCUUUGGUCCAAUACUGAGAGUCAAUAGUGACACAUUCAAAGCUCUAACAUCUGUAGCGCAUCAGAAAGACUGUGUUUUUGCCAACGAGAGCCUUAGGAGAUGGAUCCAACAGGACUUAAUAGAGCUGAACAGAGAGAUUUGCAGCAUGUCUCCUCUUGGCAUCAUUUUAGGUUACAAAAUAUUGGCACUGCAGCUGUGUCUCUGUAUCUGUCAUUGAUUGCUGAGUUACUCGGUCUAUCAUGCACAAACAACGAUACAGAGAGAUCAAACAAGCUGGAGAUCAGUUUAUUUUAGGAAACUGAAAUGGUUACGUUUGUCCUUUCUCUUAUAAUGUUUUUAACAUAAUCUGUUUGUGUUUCGAUACUAGAUGGGGCAUCCUUAGCAGACAGAGAGUCCAGUCUGGACCUGAUCAAGCUGGACAUAUCCCGCACAUUCCCCCCUCUUUUUAUCUUCCAGAAGGUACAGUACAUCUCUUACCCCACGUGUGUGUGUGUGUGUGUGUGUGUGUGUGCGCGCGUGCUCCAUGUCAGUUCUCAUCCUCUGAUUGUCUUCCACCACAGGGUGGGCCAUAUCAUGAUCUCCUCCACAGUGUGCUGGGGGCCUACACCUGUUACAGACCUGACGUGGGAUAUGUGAGUAACACUUCAAAACAGCAGUCUCAGUCCUUAUGUUCUCCCAUACUGUACAUGCGGUGGUUGUAAAGUGAAAUGGCGGUUCUCUUCUCUUUCAGGUCCAGGGAAUGUCCUUCAUAGCUGCAGUGUUAAUCCUCAACCUGGAGGAAGCUGAUGCCUUCAUCGCGUUCGCUAACCUGCUCAACAAGCCCUGCCAGCUGGCCUUUUUUAGAGUGGACCAUGAUCUGGUGAGACGCACUUCCACAGGGCCUACAGUGGGAAAUUGUCCUCUCUCUAAAACGACUUUAACAGUACUGAAUUAGUCGUCACUGAAUCUCUCCCUACCCUUUAAUUCUUCUCUAGAUGCUGAAAUACUUUGCUGCGUUCGAGGUGUUCUUUGAAGAGAACCUCCCAAGACUAUUUAACCACUUCCAGAGCUCCAAACUCACCCCAGAUCUCUAUCUCAUAGACUGGUAAGUAGCUAUGGUAUCUCUAUGAACAUUUGAAAGUAUGUAAAUAAAUGAAAGUAUGUAGCAGCUCUCUGUAGUGUGGCCUUCAAGCUGUUAUCUCACACUUUUAGUUCCAGUCAUGCUAUCAGCUCAGUAUUCACAGUUAUAAGAGCACAGCUACUGAAUGCUCUAGAUUAACUUAUCUGCUUUCCCCAUUCCGCUAACUGCCAUUAUUGGCCUUUGUGUGUGUGUGUGUGUGUGUGUGUGUGUGUGUGUGUGUGUGUGUGUGUGUGUGUGUGUGUGUGUGUGUGUGUGUGUGUGUGUGUGUGUGUGUGUGUGUGUGUGUGUGUGUGUGUGUGUGUGUGUGUGUGUGUGUGUGCGUUCGAUCGUGCAUGCAUGCUUCUGUGUACAGGAUUUUCACUCUGUACAGUAAGUCGUUGCCAUUGGACGUGGCGUGUCGCGUGUGGGACGUAUUCUGUCGUGACGGCGAGGAGUUCCUGUUCCGGACGGGUCUAGGGAUCCUGCGUCUGUACGAGGACGUGCUCCUACAGAUGGAUUUCAUCCACAGCGCCCAGUUUCUGACACGCCUCCCUGAGGAUAUAGGCUCGGAUCGGCUGUUCACCUGCAUUGCGGCCGCGCCCAUGCUCAAUGGAAACAAAAAGUGGUCCCAGGUCAGUUCCUCUAAACAUGAGAAGACAUGA